UAGGUGUAAAUAGGGAAAAUAAUGCCAUCCCUUCUUUCUUGAUACCGUGUUUGUUUAUGAGCUACUUUCACAAAUUUAACCCAUACUAUUUUAAUGUUCCAAAAUACAUUAAAGUAUAUUAAUUAUUUACGGCUUAUCCAUAGAUAAAUGUUAUCAUGGAAGAAAUAGAGAUUACAGUGCAAAGUAUUCUACCAUCUGAUGAACCCCAAGGACGAUUUCGCCUACGCAUUUCACCAAAUGCUACUGUUGAGGAAUUACUUAGAGAACUAUGUAGGGAAGCUAAUUCUCCUCUUAAACCAGAGUACUGUCUACGAAGUAAAGGACAUGAUCUGUUGCAACGCACUGAUAUACUAAGUCAUAUUGGUGUGCAGGAUGGUGCAUUCCUUCAUUGGACAAGUGAAAAUGUGGAGGUUGCAACACCAUGUCGUUGUAAUACAUUCUGGUUUCUGGCUCUCGUUAGCUUUAUUAUAGGAACAGUGGGUAUUGUGGCCCUUUGUGUCAUCAGAUUUAAGGAUUCAGAGCCUAUAACUGAUUAUGCCAUUGUAUUUGAUGCUGGUUCCACCCAUACAGCAAUGUUUAUAUAUAAAUGGGAAGGAUCAAAAUUAAAUGGAACAGCAGUAGCAGUACAGUCAGGAGAAAAAUGUGCUGCUGAUGGAGCAGGUAUUGCAAACUUUGCAAAUAACCCAGACGAAGCUGGCAAGUCACUAGAGAGAUGUAUAUCUCAAGCUAAAGUAGCAGUCCCUGCAAACAAACAUGUAGAUACACCUAUAUAUCUUGGUGCUACUGCUGGAAUGAGAUUGUUAAAUCUUUCCAAUCCAAAAGCCAGUGAAGCCAUCCUUGAAUCAGUUCGUAAGGUAUUCACAUCAUCUUCUUUCAAAUUUACUUCACCUGGUACAUCUGCAAGAAUAAUUUCUGGGUCAGAGGAAGGCUUGUUCUCCUGGAUUACCAGCAAUUAUGUUGCUAAUGCUUUCAAAGUUCAACGUCCAGGGAUUAAAGACCUACUUUCACUUACAAUUGUGCCAACCAUUGGUGCAUUAGAUUUGGGAGGAGCCUCAACACAAAUAACAUUUGUACCAGAUAGCAAUGCAAGCAUGCCUUCAGAGUACAACACUAGUCUCAGGCUGUUUGGGCACAACUAUACUGUUUACACACACAGUUAUUUAUGCUAUGGUGUAAUGGAAGUAACUAACCAGAUUUUGGCUGCACUAGUUAAGGGUAAAGCUACAAAUGCCACAGAAAUUGAGCACCCUUGUUUACCUACUGGCUACAAUGUGACCAUGUCUUAUAAUGAAAUAUUUGGUUCUCCAUGCACCAAAUCUGCUGCAACUAGAUUACCUUUUUAUGACACAGUGCAGAACUUCACAUUUAUGGGACGCAGCAAUGUACAAGCUUGUGAAAGUAUUCUAAAUACUACACUGUUUAAUACUUCAUUCUGCCCUUACUCAGACUGCUCAUUUAAUGAAGUUUACCAGCCUAAAAUAUCAGGCCCGUUUUAUGCAUUUUCCAGUUACUUUUAUGUUUCAAGCUUUUUGAAUCUUACUACUAGUAACUCAUCAUCCUUUGAACAUAGCAGAUUUGUCAGUGCCAAAGACAAAAUUUGCAAUUCAACCUGGGAUGAGUUGCUAAAACUUAAUGUGACAAAGCAGGAACUCCAAAAUCUAAUGUGGUACUGUUUGCAAUCAAGCUACAUCAAUCUUUUAUUAUAUGAUGGAUUCAAAUUUUCUGAUUCUGAUUGGCUGGGAAUUAAUUUUGUUGAAAAGGUUUCUGCCACAGAGGUUGGUUGGACAUUAGGAUUUGUCCUUAAUGAGAGCAACCUCUAUCCAGCUGACUAUCCAGAGGUCACAAUAUAUACCAUUACUUUUGCUCUUCUGAUGGUUCUGUUCUGUCUCUUCCUUCUUGUUAGUGUUGGACUAAUAAUACAAGGAAAAAGAGUUCAGGGCUCCAAUGUAGUUAAAUACAGAAGAAUGAGCACAUAUGGUGCUAUUUAACUUCAUUGUGUUAAUAGCUCAAAAAUACUUAAGAUGCAAAAAAUAUUUGGAUAAUUUAUUUAUUUUUAUUAAUUGGAACAAUUUUGAUUGUUUAAGUCAUCUGCUAUUGAAAGUUAUAAAUUUCAUGUUGUAAAUCUGACCAAUAACAUUAUUUGAUUAAACAAGCAUUAUUGUCAAUCAUAACGGCAACUGGUUGUCCUAUUAUCAAAUUCAAAUCUAUAUGUCCAUUUUCAGCACUUGCCCUCAGGUUAAAAUUGUAUGAUUAAAUUUGCUAUCAUUAUCAUGCUUGUAAUGUAAUAUUUGAUGGUUUAAUUUUUUUAUUCAGGGUAUAAUUUUCAAAUUUUAAACUGUGAUUUUUCUGGGAGUAAAAAUAAGUUUAACUCAUCUUGAUCACAUUUUUCAUGUUAUCAACCUUACAUUGUUUUGUAUUUUUGCCAAUUGUUUUCAUCUUUUGUUUUCUCUAAAUAUUUUGAGGUAUUAUGUUGUUUUAUGUUGAGAUUGAUAUUAUUAAUGAAUUUGAAAUAUGAAAGUUAUAAUUUAAAUAUACUUUUUUUAUUGGUAUGUGUGAUUGUUUUUAAUGAGCUAGUAAA